CAUCCCUCUCGCAUUUCUCGCUCAUUCUCCCUCGUUUGUCACUCCUACGCAUAGUCGCAGAGAAGCAACAGCUAUCCGGAGUGUGUGGAAUGAAUUGGAGUAGGCUUAACUCAGUUCUCAGUUCCCAUCGGAACUAAACGCGCGAUUGGGCAGCAUUUGCGACGAAUAUGGCAAAAGGGACUCCGGAUGGAUUUGCCUUUUCCUCCGAUAGAUUCUGUGGAUGAAGCCAAAACAGAAUUGAGCUGCCGGUCAGGAUCUGAGGAGAAUCGAACGGGUCGCUCAAGCCGUUAGACACUGGAAAUAGACGAGUUCUCAAUCGCUGUGUUCGAUCUAGGUUUGGGCAUUGCUUCGCCGCCAGUCCACAUUGUUUCGAGGUUUCAUCCCGACGGUCAAGUAGCCCAUAGCCCAUUCAUGUUGCAAGAACUCGGUUUAUGACAAUGGAUUACUUGCUGUCUAUAUGCAGCUUAUUGCUCCCGGUAGUGUUUGGCGUUGAAGAAACUCUCAUGGACAGCAAAUGGGCUACCACUGAGCUCGCCUGGACCACCUAUCCAGAAAGUGGGUGGGAGGAGGUGAGUGGCUACGACGACAACAUGAACCCCAUCCGGACGUACCAGGUGUGCAACGUGAAGGAGCCCAACCAGAACAACUGGCUGCGCACGGACUUCAUCCCGCGCAAGGGUGUGCUGCGCGUCUACGUGGAGCUCAAGUUCUCCGUGCGCGACUGCGCCAGCAUCCCCAACAUCCCGGGCUCCUGCAAGGAGACCUUCAACCUGUUCUACUACGAAGCGGACCGGGACAGCGCCACCGAAUCCAGUCCGCCGUGGAGGGAGAACCCGUACACGAAAGUGGACACCAUCGCGCCCGACGAGAGCUUCUCCUUGCUGGUGUCGGGCCGGGUCAACACCAAAGAGCGCAGCUUCGGCCCGCUGUCCAAGGAGGGCUUCUACCUGGCCUUCCAGGACCUGGGCGCGUGCAUGUCCCUCAUCUCCGCCCGGGUCUUCUUCAAGAAGUGCUCCACCACCAUCGCCAGCUUCGCCGUCUUCCCCGAGACGGCCACGGGCGCCGAGGCCACCUCGCUGGUCAUCGCCUCGGGCGCCUGCGUGCCCAACGCCGUGGAGGUGUCUGUCCCUUUGAAGCUGUACUGCAACGGGGACGGCGAGUGGAUGGUUCCCGUCGGGUCGUGCACCUGCAUGGCGGGCUUCGAGCCGGCGAUGAAAGACACACAGUGCCAAGCAUGCCCUCCUGGCACCUUCAAGUCGGAGCAGGGCCAGGGCUACUGCUCCCCCUGCCCGCCCAACAGCCGCACCAGUGCCAGGGCCUCCAACCUCUGCCCGUGUCAGAACAGCUUCUACCGGGCCGACGCAGACUCCCCCGACUCAGCCUGCACCACCGUGCCCUCUGCACCGCGGAACGUCAUCUCCAGCGUGAACGAGACGUCUGUGUCCCUGGAGUGGGCGGAGCCUCGAGACCAGGGUGGUCGCCGUGACGUCGUCUACAACAUCGUCUGCAAAAAGUGUCUCCACGGCGGCGGCACCUGCUCGCGGUGUGACAGCAACGUGGACGUGUCGCCGCGGCGGCUAGGUUUGGCUGAGCGCUGGGCCGCCGUGAGGAACCUGCAGGCGCACACGCGCUACAGCUUCGAGAUCCAAGCGGUCAACGGGGUUUCACCAAAGAGUCCAGCCACACCCAACUACGCCACUGUCAACAUCACCACCAACCAAGCUGCUCCCUCGGCGGUGCCCACUGUGCUGCUGAUGAGGGCCACGUCUGGGACCAUGAGUCUCUCCUGGCUGCCACCCGAGCAGCCCAACGGAGUCAUCCUGGAUUACGAGAUUAAAUACCAUGAGAAGGGCGAGGCGUUUUCCCACACUGUGACUGCUCAGCACAGCUCUGCCCGUGUGGAGGGUCUGAAGGCUGGCACCCCAUACAUGGUGCAGGUGCGGGCGCGCACGGUGGCUGGGUACGGGCGCUACAGCUUCCCAGUGGAGUUUAGCACCAACGAACACAGUGACCCAGAAAGGUCUGUUCAGGAUCACCUGCCACUCAUCGUAGGCUCCGCCACAGCAGGGUUUGUUGUCAUUAUCGCGCUGGUUGUCAUCGCCGUUGUCUGCCUCAGGAAACAGCGAACAGGCUCGGAGCUGGAGUACACAGAGAAGCUGCAGCAAUACGUCACUCCCGGUGUGAAAGUCUACAUCGACCCGUUCACAUACGAAGACCCUAACGAGGCCGUGCACGAGUUCGCCAGGGAGAUUGACAUCUCCUGUGUGAAGAUUGAGGAAGUGAUCGGAGCGGGCGAGUUCGGCGAGGUGUGCCGGGGUCGCCUCAAGCAGCCCGGCCGCAAGGAGGCAGCCGUGGCGAUCAAGACGCUCAAGGCCGGCUACACCGAGCGCCAGCGGCGGGACUUCCUGGCCGAGGCGAGCAUCAUGGGCCAGUUCGACCACCCCAACGUCAUCCACCUGGAGGGGGUGCUCACCCGCAGCUGCCCCGUGCUCAUCGUCACCGAGUUCAUGGAGAACGGAGCCCUCGACUCCUUCCUCAGGAUGAAUGAUGGGCGGUUCACGGUGACUCAGCUGGUGGGAAUGCUGCGAGGCAUCGCCUCGGGGAUGAAGUACUUGUCCGAGAUGAACUACGUUCACCGCGACCUGGCGGCGCGCAACGUGCUGGUGAACAGCAACCUGGUCUGCAAGGUGUCCGACUUCGGCCUCUCCCGCUUCCUCGACGACAACUCUGCCGACCCCACCUACACCAGCUCCCUGGGGGGUAAGAUCCCGAUCCGCUGGACCUCCCCCGAGGCCAUCGCCUUCAGGAAGUUCACCUCCGCCAGCGACGUGUGGAGCUAUGGCAUCGUCAUGUGGGAGGUGAUGUCGUUCGGAGAGAGGCCCUACUGGGACAUGAGCAACCAAGACGUGAUGAAUGCGGUGGAGCAGGACUACCGGCUGCCGCCCCCCAUGGACUGCCCCACCGUGCUGCACCAGCUCAUGCUGGAGUGCUGGCUGAAGGAGCGCAACCAGCGGCCCAAGUUCGGCCAGAUCGUCAGCACGCUAGACAAGCUGCUCCGCAACGCCGCCAGCCUCAAGGUCGUCACCAGCUCACACUCAGGGGACCUCCUGCAGGUUGGAGGGACUCUGCCCGGCCACCAGAGGAAGGGCCUGACGCUAGGAGCAACAGAGGACAUGCGCCAGCAGAUGAGCCAAACACUUCCCAUCCGCGUCUGAUCUGAAGGAGCGGAGCGACGGAAUGACGGAGCAGGAGCGAGAGCGAGAGCGGGCAAGAAAGAAUGUAAUUAAAAAGGAAAAGAGAGAAGGAGAGACAGAGAGAAAUAACGAAAAGAUGGCAAGGCACCAAAUGAGAAGAGAUACCCAGCUGAGUCCCGUGACG